GUUCAAGACUUGUUUGGUCGGAAUCUACGUGCGUUCCCAGCCGUUCGGAGGCAGCGACAAGAGCUCCAACGGCCAUCGUUACGACAGCAUUCCCUUUGCGAAUGGCAUGAUUGGUGCUGGCAUGAGCUGCCAGCUCAUCCACUACGUGCACGAGGAGCACGAGGUGUUCUUCGAUGUGGUGAAGAACUUUGACGCGAUCAUCGUGCGAUGCAACCCUGGUCAGAUCAAAGCAGAUGGAG